AUGGAAAUGUCCGAUGAAAAUAUUCAAGUUUUAAGUAAAUAUCUACAGGAGACACUUAAUCCAGAUCCCAAUGUUCGUAGACCCGCUGAAAAAUUUUUGGAAGGUGUAGAAGUUAAUCAAAAUUAUCCUUUAUUAAUAUUAAAUCUUGUACAUAAACCAGAGGUGGACAUGACAAUUAGAAUUGCUGGAGCUGUAGCAUUUAAAAAUUAUAUAAAAAGAAAUUGGUUUGUGGAAGAAGAUGGAGUUGAUAGGAUUCAUGAAUCUGAUCGGGUUGCGAUAAAGAAUUUGAUAGUUACUUUAAUGUUAAGCUCACCUGAAUCAAUUCAAAAACAGUUAAGUGAUGCUAUUAGCAUUAUUGGAAAGACUGAUUUUCCUCUAAAGUGGCCAGAAUUAAUCUCACAAAUGGUUGAAAAGUUUUCUACAGGUAUUUUAUGA